CAGCCGCCUGGCGAGGCGCGCCGUGAUUGGCGGAGGCGCACAGUGAUUGGCAGGCGCGCCGGCCGCUCAGUGGGCCGAGCCGGCACCGCCUACUCGAGGCCGCGUCGGUGGGCCUCACUCGCCGGCUCGCGCUGCAGCCAGUGCCUCCCGCUUGUCCCGCUUCCCUUCAGCCCCGGCGAGUCCUUCUCCUCCCAAGCAACUUUGCGGCGAUCCGGAAGGCCCGAGGACGUCGCGGCGCCUCGUGCAGCCCACUCAGAGGCGGAAUGGACUCCAGCGCCCCUCCUGCGAGCCCACAGCCUCCACCACCACCGCAGCCCCAGGCCCGCUCACGGCUCAACGCCACUGCCUCGCUGGAGCAGGAGAAGAGUGAGGUUCCCCGAGCUCCUGGACCCCAAGUUGGACCUGGACCAAAUGUGGGAGACACAGCUGCCCCAGCCGUGCCCCAGGCCCCGCGUGCCAGGAGCCAAGAAAGAGUGGACAGAACGGGGCCCAUGAAGGGAGAUGUGGAAACCCCCUUUGAAGAAGUCCUGGAGAAGGCUAAGGCCGGGGACCCCAAAGCACAGACGGAGGUGGGGAGACACUACCUGCAGCUGGCCAGCGACGGGGACGAGGAGCUCAACAACUGCACAGCCGUGGACUGGCUGGUCCUGGCCGCCAAGCAGGGCCGGCGCGAGGCCGUGAAGCUGCUCCGCCGGUGCCUGGCGGACAGAAAAGGCAUCACCUCUGAGAACGAGCAGGAGGUAAAGCAGCUGUCCUCCGAGACCGACCUGGAGCGGGCCGUGCGCAAGGCAGCCCUGGUCAUGUACUGGAAGCUCAACCCCAAGAAGAAGAAGCAGGUGGCCGUGUCUGAGCUGCUGGAGAACGUCGGCCAGGUCAACGAGCACGAUGGAGGGGCACAGCCAGGCCCUGUCCCCAAGUCACUGCAGAAGCAGAGGCGGGUGCUGGAGCGCCUGGUCAGCAGCGAAUCCAAGAACUACAUCGCGCUGGACGACUUUGUGGAGAUCACCAAGAAGUACGCCAAGGGCAUCAUCCCCACCAACCUGUUCCUGGAGGACGACGAGGACGACGAGCUGGCGGGCAAGAGCCCCGAGGACCUGCCCCUGCGCCUGAAGGUGGUCAAGUUCCCCUUGCACGCCAUCAUGGAAAUCAAAGAGUACCUGAUCGAGAUGGCCUCCCGGGCGGGCAUGCACUGGCUGUCCACCAUCGUCCCCACCCACCACAUCAACGCCCUCAUCUUCUUCUUCAUCAUCAGCAACCUGACCAUCGACUUCUUCGCCUUCUUCGUGCCCCUGGUCGUCUUCUACCUGUCCUUCAUCUCCAUGGUGAUCUGCACCCUCAAGGUGUUCCAGGACAGCAAGGCCUGGGAGAGCUUCUACACCCUCACGAGCCUGCUGCUGCGCUUCGAGCCCAACCUGGACGUGGAGCAGGCCGAGGGGAACUUCGGCUGGAACCACCUGGAGCCCUACCUGCACUUCCUGCUGUCUGUCGUCUUCGUCAUCUUCUCCUUCCCCAUCGCCAGCAAGGACUGCAUCCCCUGCUCCGAGCUGGCCGUCGUGUGCGUCUUCUUCACCGUCACCAGCUACAUGAGUCUGAGCACGUCUGCCAAGCCCUACACGCGGAGGGCCCUGGUGACGGAGGUGGCCGCCGGCCUGCUUUCCUUCCUGCCCGGCCUGCCCUUCGACUGCCGCUACCUGAAGCUCCUGGGCCAGACCUUCUUCACCAUGCCUGUCGGCCACCUCCUCAUCCUGAAUGUCAGCGUCCCCUGCCUGCUCUACGUCUACCUGCUCUUCCUCUUCUUCCGCAUGGCCCAGCUGCGCAACUUCAAGGGCACCUACUGCUACCUGGUCCCCUACCUGGUCUGCUUCAUGUGGUGCGAGCUCUCCGUGGCCAUCCUGCUCGAGUCCACCAGCCUGGGGCUGGUCCGCGCAUCCAUCGGCUACUUCCUCUUCCUCUUCGCUCUCCCCAUCCUGGUGGCCGGCCUGGCGCUGACAGGCCUGGUGCAGUUUGCCCGCUGGUUCGUGUCCCUGGAGCUCACCAAGAUUGCCGUCACCGUGGGGGUCUGCAGUGUCCCCCUGCUGUUCCGCUGGUGGACCAAGGCCAACUUCUCAGUGGUGCAGAUGGUGAAGUCCCUGACCCGGAGCUCCCUGGUCAAGCUCAUCCUGGUGUGGAUCACGGCCAUCGUUCUGUUCUGCUGGUUCUACGUGUACCGGUCGGAGGGCAUGAAGGUCUACAACUCCACGCUGACCUGGCAGCAGUAUGGCUUUCUGUGCGGGCCGCGGGCCUGGAAGGAGACCAACAUGGCGCGCACCCAGAUCCUGUGCAGUCACCUGGAGGGCCACAGGGUCACGUGGACGGGCCGCUUCAAGUACGUCCGGGUGACGGACAUCGACAACAGCGCCGAGUCGGCCAUCAACAUGCUCCCGUUCUUCGUGGGCGACUGGAUGCGCUGCCUGUAUGGUGAGGCCUACCCCACCUGCAGCCCCGGCGGGGCGCCCACGGCCGAGGAGGAGCUCUGCCGCCUCAAGCAGCUGGCCAAGCACCCCUGCCACAUCAAGAAGUUCGACCGCUACAAGUUCGAGAUCACGGUGGGCAUGCCCUUCGGCGCCAACAGCACCCGCAGCCCGGAGGAGGACGACGUCACCAAGGACAUCGUGCUGCGGGCCAGCAGUGAGUUCAAGGACGUGCUGCUCAGCCUGCGCCACGGCAGCCUCAUUGAGUUCAGCACCGUCCUCGAGGGCCGCCUGGGCAGCAAGUGGCCCGUCUUUGAGCUCAAGGCCAUCAGCUGCCUCAACUGCAUGGCCCAGCUGUCACCCGCCCGGCGGCACGUGAAGGUCGAGCAGGACUGGCGCAGCACCGUGCACGGCGCCGUGAAGUUCGCCUUCGACUUCUUCUUCUUUCCAUUCCUGUCGGCCGCGUGAGGACACGUCCCCGGCCAGAGGAGGGGUCAGGGCACGUCACUGUCAGGACCUCUCUCCCAUGUGGCCACCCAGCCUGAUGAUGCUACACUAACAGUGUGUGCAUGUGUGUACGCUCGCGUGGGCAUGUGUGUGCGCUCGCGUGGGCAUGUGUGUACGCUUGCGCGGGCAAAUGCAGGGCUUCGGGGAGCUCUCGUCGUGCGCAGUCUGCUCACCUCCACGAACAGCUGACUGCUUUAGUGCUGUCACUUAGAAUGGCCGGCAUCGUGGGAAGUUGCAUGCACAGUCCUGACCCAGCGUCCCUACCUUCUAGAGUGAAGCUGGUGUGCCCAGCUCAACAGGAUUCCUGCGUCCUGAGAAGUACUUUGCGGUGACAUUCUCCCUCCCCCACUCCCUCCAAGCACUUCUGGCCCCUUACUUACUUCUGUGUUGGAUUUGUUUUUUGAACAUGCUGCUGUAUAAACUCAACGAUAACACUUCUUAUUUAUUUGGUUGCUGCUGCUAAGCCUUGACAGCUGGUUGCCAAUCCUGGGGGGCUGUGCACAGCUGCCUGAGCUGUCAUGUGGUCAAGGCCCCAUCCUUCAAGAUCGGAGGCCGGGAGAAGUGGCCGCCCUGGGCACAGGUGUCCACACUGAGCACGGGGCCCGCAGCUCGCCUCGUGCUUGUCUAGUGGGUGGUGGGUGAGUUUGUGAGGGUCUCGCCUGAAUCCACUGGGAUUAGGAAAUAGAACCUGGGCCAUCCCUUCCAGUGCUUAGAAAGUUGGCCACGUUCAGUAACGGAGAGCAGAAAGUCAAGGUCCUAACGCAGCUGAAAUAAAAACCUUUGGUGAAA